AUGGAUAACAACAAUACGACCAACGGGUCAUCUGUGGACUUGGCUCCAGCUUUUGAGAAUAUGGACACAUACUAUAGUGUGUUUGCCGUGAUGUUGUUCUUAACUUGGAUGGUUGGCUCUUUCUUCAAUGGCAGUGCUUUGCUUGUAUUCUUGAAGAAUAAAAAUUUACGUACACCAACAAACAUGUUCGUGAUUAGUUUAGCAAUGAACGAUUUAGGAAUGUCUUCCGUAUGUCUUUUCGCUGCUACAGCGUCUUACGCCGGAAAAUGGACACAUGGGGAGUUGAUGUGUACCCUUGAAGGAUUCUUGGUGUAUGUACUUGGUCUGACAAACUUGUAUCUCCUGUGUGCCAUUUCUUUUGACCGAUACAUCGUCAUCGCCAAACCACUAAAGGCCAAAAUAAUAAGCCAUAGUGUGGCUCUGAUUGCUAUCGUCUGUUGUUGGAUCGGGGGACUUUUCUGGUCCGUCUUGCCGUUUUUUGGAUGGAACUAUUAUACACUUGAGGGGUCUAAUGUUUCUUGUGGUGUUUCAUUUGCACCGAAUGACCCAGCUAUACAAAGCUAUCUCAUGUGUAUUUUCAUCUUCUGCUUUAUUAUACCUCUGGCCGUGAUAAUUUUCUGUUACAACGGCGUCUACAUGACGAUCCGCAAUGUCGCACGAAGUGGAGUUUGGGACAUGACAAGUCGUGUUGCUAGAAAGAACCUCAGGGUGGAGAAAAAAAUGGCAAAGACAAUUGGCUGCAUGCUUAUGGUGUUCGUUGUUGCCUGGGUGCCUUAUGCCAUCGUAUCCUUCUAUUCAGCCUUUGUUGGCCCGGAAUCUCUACCAGCAAUCCUAAUAGCUUUACCGCCAAUUGCUGCAAAGUGUAGUGCAGGGCUUAAUCCUAUUGUAUACAGCGCGACAAACAAGCAGUUCCGAAUGGCCUUCUACGAAUUCCUUCCGGAGGGACUGAAAAGUACAAUGAUCAAGAAAGAGGAAGAUGCCUUGAGAUCGUCUUCGGAAUCUGAGGAAGAUAAAAAGACGACAGCGAGAAAACCAAACCAAGUAGGCCCUGCUGAGGACGGUGCAUCACAAGCGGUGACAGCUGUAGAGGAUCUGUCGCCACCACAAUCACAAGCUGUUGCCUAG